CUGCGCGCGCGGCAGGUGGCGCGUGCGCGGUGCUCGCGGCGCCCCCCUCCUCAGCCGUGAGGGCGGUGGGAAGAUGGCGCUGGGCUGCCGCCAAGGGCGCCGUCUGUGCAGCCCGGCUCGCCUUAGGCGGCGGCCGCUCGCCGCCUGGGAGCCGAAGGCUGGGUCUCCGGCACGGUAUUACGCGGCGGCCGGCGGCGAGGCGGCGAGCGGGCAGGAGGAGCUGCUGCUGGAGGUGUGCCGGAGGCGGCACUUCUUGCGGGGCGGCCCGGAGCUUUGGGCCCGGAGCGCGCAGCUCCGCUUCGGGCCGCUGGGCGUGGCGCUGCGGGGCAACCUGGCGGCGCAGUGGUGGGACGCGGUGCUGGCCCGCCGGGAGCAGGUGUUGGCGGUGGAUUCCCCGCUGUACGGCCGCCCCUCCGCCGGCUCCCCGCUGGCUCAGGGCGCUCCGCGGCUGCUGCACUCGGAAACCCUGCGCGAAGUUCUCCAGAGCGGGGGCUGCGGCCGGCAGCCCGGCGGUGCGGCUCUGCAAGAAGCGCUGGGCAGCGCGGGAGCGCUUCGUGAGAGCCUCCUGCCCGGUGCUUUGGCACAGUAUGUUAGCUGCUUAGAAUUUGUGAACAAGAGACUGCCCUGUGGCCUUGCUGAAGUUGGAGUAUGUUUUCACUCCAUUCCAGGAAGUGAACAACACAAUGAAAAGCUUAGAAGAAUAGGCGAAAGGACUACAUCGUUACUUACAUGGUUUAGCUCUCCCAGAACUGCAGGACAGUGGCUCGAUUAUUGGUUACGUCAGAGACUGCAAUGGUGGAGAAAGUUUGCAGUGGGCCCAUCCAACUUCGGCAGCAGUGACUUUCAGGAUGAAGAAGGAAGACGGGGAUUUAAUUUGCAUUAUGACUUUCCUUGGGGGAGGGAAACAAUAGAAACAUUGAAAAACCUUGGUGACACUGAACUGUUACAGAUGCAUCCAGGGGAUAAAUCAAAAUUACUGGGCCGGGAUGGAAGGAAGAAUGUUCUUCCUCAUGUUCUGUCUGUGAGUGGAAAUCUGGACCAAGGAGCAUUAGCUUACCUCUUUGAUUCUCUCCAGCUGGCUGAGAAUCCACUGACAACAAAGAAAAAUUCGCAGAGAAAGGUACUUAAACUUCAUCCUUGUUUAACACCUAUCAAAGUGGCUUUGGAUGUAGGGAAGGGUCCGACAGCAGAGCUGCGACAGGUUUGUCAAGGAUUGUUCAAUGAACUGUCAGAAAAUAGAAUUGCUGUGUGGCCGGGUUAUCUUGAAACCACACAGGUAUCUCUGGAGCAGCUUUACACAAAGUACGAUGAGAUGAGUGUUCUCUUCAUGGUCUUGAUAAGUGAUUCUACUCUGGAGAAUGGAGUGGUCCAGCUGAGAAGCAGAGACACUACCAUGAAGGAAAUGAUGCACAUUUCUAGGUUGAAAGACUUUAUAACUAAGUAUAUAGCAUCAGCUAAAAAUGUAUAAACUUAAAUAUAUCUAAUAAAAGUAACUUUUGUAAGUGUCUGUGCCUGAAAUGAUUUCAAUGGUCACAGAUUUAGCAAUUUUGCAGAGAGUUCUGCUAAAACUUAAUAAUGUAUCCCUUUUCUGUCAAAUCUAUGUCUUCCAAGUUACCUGGAAAAGGAGAGAGAGACAGAUUUGUCUCUCUGCAGCAGGGCUAACCAUAUUGUCUCCCUUGUCUUCAAUUUUACUCUCUCUUUGGUUUUACUUCACUCUGAGAACUGAGAAACUGCUAUGGUUACCACUGGGUAAAAGCAGAUAGAAAAGUCAGAUAUGGAUCUUCUAGCAUGUAUCUUGGAGGACAACAAAGCUGAAAUAACUUCUUGUAAUGACUAAAGACUUUUGAUUAAUUUGUGCUCUUAUACAAUCCAAUUUUUAUUUCAGGAACAAUGGUUAAAUGCACAGGAGAUUCACUCUUAUCCUGACAGUGAUUCACUGUGCUUUUGGCCAUUAAAAAUAAAAAAGGACAAGAAACUGUUGUUUAUUUAACAGGAUUGCUAUUUGUUCCUUUGUAAUUCCAGUCUACCUGUUAGGCAUUUUGUUUUAUAACCAUAGUAUUACUGAAGGAUUUUUCGUAGUAGUAGACAACUAACUGUGUGAUCUGUGAAGUAAAUUUAGGCCAGGCAGUCAGUAUCUAAGCAUGGUCUCACUUAUAAAUAUGUGAGAACUAGAAGAUUCUUUAUAAAUAUGUAAUAGAGUUAAUCACACAGGC